AAAACAGAAUCACCCUAGUAGUGAGCUAUGAUGGGCCUCUGACAUCAUCAGCUUCAGCUUCAGCUUCCAUCCAUGGCGCCCUCCGCUCUGCUCCGCGCCGCCGCCCUCCGUCGCCGCGCCCGCAUCGCCGCGGCUCUCCCGGCCAUCUCCUCGCUCAUCCACUCCUCUACACCUCCUCCCUCUCCCUCUACCUAUCCCAACCCCGCUGCCCGGUGCCACCUGAUCACCCUAAGCCGCCGCCCAUGCCAGCACCCGCCCUCCCCCACCUCAGCCUCUGCGGCGGCGUCCUCCUACUACGUCAACAAGAUCCUGCUACCGACCAGCUUCUCGCACCCGCUCUCGACCUCCUCCCGGUCCAAGGACACGGACACGGACAAGAAGGGCAUCCUCCCGCCGCCGCCGGUGUCGUGGGUGGAGAGGUUGCUCCCGGAGGCGGCGCGCCCGUACGCGAUGCUCGCGCGCCUCGACAAGCCCAUCGGCACCUGGCUCCUCGCUUGGCCCUGCAUGUGGUCAAUCACAAUAGCAGCAAUGCCGGGCGAGCUCCCUGACUUGAAAAUGCUGGCACUCUUCGGAUGUGGAGCUGUCCUCCUAAGGGGCGCUGGUUGCACCGUGAAUGAUCUGCUCGAUCGCCACAUCGAUAACAAGGUUGAGCGCACCAAAAGCAGGCCUUUCGCAUCAGGUGUUCUAACCCCUUCUCAGGGAGUGUGCUUCCUAGGAUGCCAGCUGUUGCUAGGAUUGGGCAUUCUUCUCCAACUGAACAAUUUUAGCCGUGUUCUUGGUGCAUCUUCUCUUCUUUUGGUGUUUUCUUAUCCCCUGAUGAAGAGGUUCACAUUUUGGCCUCAGGCAUAUCUUGGCUUGACCUUCAACUGGGGGGCUUUGUUAGGAUGGGCUGCUAUCAAAGAGAGCCUAGAUCCUGCAGUCAUCCUUCCUCUGUAUACUGCUGGUAUAUGCUGGACAUUGGUAUACGAUACCAUAUAUGCACAUCAGGACAAAGAAGAUGACCUCAAAGUAGGUGUUAAGUCCACAGCAUUAAGGUUUGGAGAUUCAACCAAGCAAUGGAUCAGUGCCUUCGGCGCUGCAUCAAUUGGUGGCUUAGCACUCAGUGGCUACAAUGCUGAACUUGGUUGGCCCUACUACCCUCUUCUGACAGCUGCAGCUGCACAGUUGGCAUGGAAGAUUUCAAUUGUUGACUUGUCUGACCGUGCAGAUUGCAACAGAAAAUUUGUAUCAAACAAGUGGUUUGGAGCACUGGUAUUCAGUGGAAUUUUGUUUGGGCGACUUGCAUCAUGAUAGAUACAAUCAGGCGUCAUGCGCCACUAUGUUCUAUUCUAUAGAAUUUUAUAGUUCUGAUUGAAGCAGUACAUGGUUUGUGACUAGUACGAGAAAGGCCAAACAGAUUGUUUUAACCAUGUGACGCACUAUAUUCAGUGUACUGCAGAUAAAAUUCUGUAAGUUCUUUCUCUCUCAUUACUUACACUUUUCUCAGUUUCGUCUCUACUGAAUACUAAAGGCAUACCCUGAUGAUAAGUUUGCUGCUGUAGCAGGUUAUGUCUUGACAGUCUUUUUAGGUAGUUGUUUUACUUGGUAAAUGAAGACUGGGCCAUUAGACCAUGUACAACGCAGGUGCUUAAGAAAAAAAAAUUCUUGCCAUGUCGGCUCUUGCAGAAAGACAGAGAGUGCCUAGUUUGGCUUUGACACCUCGUCGUGCUAAAGAAAGUAACUGCUUUUUUUUUAAGUACUGUCUUUCUACAUCCCGUGAGACCAGCGGCAAAGUUGGACUGACCUGACCAUUGCAUUAUCACGGGAAGCUGCUGUUCCUGCAAGUAGCCUCCAGGAUUUCAAGAUGACUUCAUAAUAUUGAUACAAGGCGCCACGAUGGGCAAUGAACUGAGAGGACGAAGAAGGCCGCCGCUAGGAGAUCCUGGCGGAGGUGUGGGCGAUGGACAUACUUGUACAAAUUGCGCCAAUUUCCAAGACAGAAAUGCAUCGGAAACAGCUAGUUUGGAACUCUCAUCUAGUGACCCUUGUCUGCUCUUGUCGCUGUGGCAUCGAGAAUAGCCAAUUAUAGCCAGAGGAACGCUCUAGCUCCAGCAACAUGUAAUCAAGAGAGAUGCAGCCUUAUUUGGUCUGGCACAUCUUUAUUCUUGAUGCUCUGUCUGGUCCCUUUAUCUUAUCAGUACAUUCAAGAGAGAGGCAGCCUUACUUGGUCAGGCACAUCUUUAUAUAACCAUUAUGCCAUGCUAUUUUUGUCUUUGGAUUUAUAAGGAACCAAGCAUUUGUCACUUCGCCUCUGCUAUUUACCCCCUUUUCCAUCCCUAUUCAGUCAAUAACUUGGCUCUCCCCUCUAAUCUUGGUUUGAUCAUUUGCAGCUCUUGGUUAUUCUUCUCACUUGUUUUGUACUUUCUGUCUCCUGGGAUAAUGAUUUGUUACUUCUGUUUUUGGCACAAUCCAAGAUAUUCUGAUGAAAAGUUUUGCCUGGGCACUCCUAUGCGGUGUUCCCCAUUAUGCUCUGAAGGAUAAAAGGACAAACCAGGGAUCAAGGGAUAUUGUACCCAACUCUGUAAUGUAGUUAUUUCUAUUCUGCGUUGUUGAAUCGUCGGUUUGUGUUGAUCAACUUAACAUGCUGUAAGGCGCUAAGAUCGGUUUACGUGGAUCCUGUAUUUUACAGCAAAA